CGACUGGACGACCGUUAGCCGCUGCAACAAUCCUGCUGGGUGGAAUCGAACACAAGCGAGGACAGGAACAUUAAGCAACAUUGAAAAACAAGUGAAAAGGGGAAGCGGAGGAGGAGUUUCAUGGAAUGCAUCUGACAAAACAACAACUUUCCCUCUUGUCCUUCGUCCGCCUUCGGGAUAAACUUCUCUCCAAACAUCGGUGAUGGCGGUUUCUGUCACAAGGGAUCUGGCAGUACAAGUUCUGGAGGAUGAGAAUUCAGCCAAGCUGACUGACAGACAGCAAGACGUGUGUGGUGCCAACCAGAAAGGACAGCCCAAAUGUCUUGGGGUGAGUCAGAUUAUGCUGGGACUGAUGAUCAUGUCCUACUCGAUUCCUCUGCACUUCACUGAGGUGACUGAGGUGGUCUUCCUGGGGGUACCAUGGUGGAGUGGCCUGAUGUUUGUCAUGGCUGGAGUGGUUGCCGUCAUCUUGGACAAACGCUGCACUGUGAGGACUUACCAGGUGUCUUUUAUGGUGAACAUCGUGUCCAUGGUUCUGUCGGUUGUGGCUGUGAUCAUCUACUCUGUGGACAUGGACAAACACCCUGAGGCAUCCUGUGUCAAGAACCAGCACGGAACCUGUUCCGAACAAUUCUAUGCCACGACACUGGCCAGAGGACUGAAGUCCUCGCUGUUAGUGUUCACCCUGGCCCAGACUGCAGUUUGUUCUACUCUCUGCAUCCUUCUCUACAGACACAAACGCACCUUUGGCUUGUAUACUCCUUUCAUUCGAUCUGCUUCAUCUACUCCGAGUGCCCUCAUCACCCCCGAGCGGGGCUGAUCCAUCACAUCACCUCACUUGGACGCAUUUUCUACGGUAAAGAUGCUAAAAACAAUCAAAUGUAGGUGAAAACAUGCUAUCUCAAUGAAACAUCUUAGUUGCGUGUUAUUUCUGACGGAGCAAAUCAAUGUCAUAUCCAAGAGUACGUAUAUCUCAAUAUGCUGAAAGACAAUACUAAUGAGUCCACGGUUACAGUGACCACUCAAAAUGUAAGUCUUUCAUUGACAUUUGCAUUUUCAUAUUCAAACAUUCUUCAUCCUACAUUCAUUUUUUUCAUGGUGUCAUUGAAAAAAAAAAAAAAAGUGUUGUUCCAAGAUGGAGAGACAAGGGAGAACUUUGGAGAGAGCUGAAGAAGACAACGAGGAACAUGAAACUAAAGCGACGUCCACACAGGCACCGGUAUUUGAUAAAAAACAUGACGCGAGGCAGUGCAUUUGGUAGCCAUGGCAACAGGUUGUGCUGUGACGCCCAACCGUUGGGUUGCAUUUGAGGAAAACACACACACAAAAAAAAUCACACAUUCUCCAAUUAAAGUUUUCAUUGAGUUUCAAAAAAAAAAAAAAAAAUAAUAAUAAUAAUAAUAAUUGGAAAGCAGGAAGUGAACAAAUGUAACAAAACGAAUGAAUUGGGUUCAAAUAUUUGGGGGCGGACCAGUCUAUAUGUCGGCUGGCAUCAAGUAGAACACAGCAAGUCAACACAUCACAUACAUACAUUAACAACUAAGCGCUAAACACAGCAUGUAACUGAAAAGUGUUAUUUCCAAAUGCCUGCAAUGCAUGCUGGGUAGUCCAGCCGCAACAACAAUAUGAACUAUGAACAAUAAAACGCUGCAUAAAAAGAAUGUUAACUUGUUUACUUCUCAGAUGUCUCCCCUCAUCAACAUAUUUUGCCGUCUAGCAAAAACACGACAAACUGGGAAAAAUGUUGGGAGAAAAAUGACAAGCUACCCGGCAUGCCUUGCGGCAGGAAUUUACGGAUGUUUUCUUGGAAUGGUUAUCGAUAUAGCUAUUUCCUUGUAUGCCCACAUGCUACAGUCGGUCGGUGACUUUGACGCGUGGUGUGUGUUGCCGUGUUGUGUCUGACUCAAGCCGGCCACAAUAACACGGAAUGUCAUGUUGCCUACACGGCUACACUUUUCUGUGUUAACAUUCUUUCCAUUUAAAAAAAAAAAAAGGAAUUUAGAAAUGCCCAAUAAGCCAUAUUAAGACGCACGGUUAGCCUGAUGUGGCCCCCGGGCCGCAGUUUGCUCACCCCUGCAUGACCUUGUUAGCAAAUGUAAAAGUGCCGACUCACUUUGUAAAUAGUCAGUGGUCAUCAACUGUGGAUCUGUGACACAUAGAGUAUGUUACCAUCAUGUCCGCUUAUGGGUUUAUUGUACUGUAUGUUUGUUGUAGCAUUACUAAUCAUAUGUGCUUGUUUAUUUGCCUUUGUUGUAUAAAUGUGUGAUGUUUAUGUAUACUCCAUAUGUGUGUUUUAGGACUUUUUUUUUUUUUUUUUUUUUACUAUAGAGCUGCCACACGGUCAAUUUAUUGGUCUGUGAGCCAAUACUCAUUGUUAUACUUAGCAUGUCAUGUACUUCUUUUGCAAAUAUUGUGUUUAUUAAAGAAUGCAUGCUAUUA